AUUUGGUUGUAUAGAUUAUUUCAUUUUUAUGUGAGACAAACAUAGCGAAAAAGAAACGAACAGAGAAAAAAAAUUAUUCAAGUAUUUUUAAAGAAGAAAUUAAAAGAUUUUUUUAUAAUUCCAUCGUACUUAUUUGUCAUCAGCUGAACGCUUGUGAAAAAAGAAUUGUAUUUAUCAUUGGUUUGUUGAGCAAACUCGUAGUCAAUAAUUGAGAGAAAAGAAAAAAGUACACGAGUUGAAAAAGACGCUAGGGAAUCGAGCGAAAAAAAAAUCAAUUUCAACGCCAAUAUUAUCCAAAAACAAAUAAUAAAAGGUUGCAGUGACGCCGACAUUAUUGAAUACCAGAUUACAAAGCACGAAGAAGAGAAAAAAACAUGAAGCUACCGUUUCUAUUUGUCACAAGCGGAAGUGGUAACGGUUACCACGAUGGAUCAUUUGAUCAGGAUGAUAUCGAUGGUGAAAAUCAAGACGACUUAGGAAAUGAGAACGCCGAGGUCACAUUUGAGGAAUACUUGUGGAUGGAAAAUGAAGAGGAAUUCGAUAAAAUUGAAUUGUUGCGUCUCGACGAAGAAGCACUAGUGGAAAAUUGCUUGAAUGAUUGUGGUGAAGAAGCCGAUGAAACCGAUGAAGCGAUUGACAAUGAGAAUGGUCAUUGGCUAGCAGCGCAAAAUGAAAUGGUGAUUAUGGAGUACAACAAUGAUGUUGAACUAUCAAAAAUGGAAAUAAAUCCACAUGACGUUGCGAAUUCAAAAUUGAAUCCAUUGGCACAAGAGUUUUUCCCAUCAUGGCUCGGUAGGCUAAAGUGAAACUAAAUCAUACCAUCGUAACACAUACACACACAAAAAAAAAACAUUUGCAUCACCCUAUUAACAUUUGAUUUGUUCGAUUCAAUGAGAAAGAGCUCAAUUUAAACGAUUUGAAAUACGUAACGACUAUAUAAACGUAAAAUCCUGUAAACACGAAAACAAAAAAAAAACUUUACUUUUAAACAGAAACGACAACACAUGAAAAAAUACAUCUUAGUUCAAGAAAUGAAAACCGUAGAAACAAAACAAAAAUAAUGAGACAAUUUAGAAAGAAAAACAAUGAAAAUAACAAACAUUAUUAUCGAAUCAAACGAAUAGAAGAAGAAAAAAAUGAGCAAGUUCUAACAAUUUAUCAAAAAUUAUAAUUCUCGAAUUAUGCGUCAAUCAAAUCAUUUCAUUUUGCUUCGAUUUGGAGCAUUAUACCAAAAAAAGCUGUGUUGAAUACACUUUUAAUUUUGUAAAUUUUUUUCAAUUUAUGAACGUUUCAUAUUGAUUUAUAUUAUUGUCUGAUUAUUUAAAAAAAAAAAAAGAAUUGUGUACACAUGUGUGAAAUAGGAAAUUCAUUCAAAAGAAAUGAAAAUAAUAUUGUAAUGUCUUGUUAUGAACGAAAUUUAUAUGAUGAAAUAAUCACGCAUUUAGGGCGUUUGAAUUCUAUUUAAAAUUCGAACAAAACAAAAAAAAAUAUAUAAUUCCAACAAAUGAACAAUUUGCCAACAAAAAAUAUAUUUGUUUUUUAGUUUUCAUGAUUUCUUUCUCAAGUGAAUGUAAUUGCAUAAAAACAAAAAAAAAAAUUAUAAAAAAAACAUCGAAUUUAGCCAAAUAAGUGGUAAUUAGAAGAGCUAACCAAAAAAAGGAAAAAAAAAACUAGCGAAAAACAUUAAAAACUUGCUGUGUCUAUUAGAAAAAAAAAA